AUGGACAGAGGCGAAGAACUGAAGGCUAAAAACGUGCGUCAUGCCUUUUUCAGGCUCUUCGCCGCGUUCCCGGGAAGACACCAAGUUCCAAAUCAAUGUAGUGCUGUGAACGAGGAGAUUAUGGAUACCAAAUGGGACAAGUCGGGACAACAGGAUGAGGAAAGAUUAGCGACAGGACAAAGAAUAGAAGGAGUGUAA